AUGGAUAAUAAUAGACCUUUGGUGCCAUCAAAUAUUGGAGUUCAGGGGCCACAAUUCCCAUCUCUGCCUGGACAGGAGUCCUUGUACAAUCUCACAUUUGAUGAGGUGAAUGAUCAGAUCGGAAAUGUAAGGAAGCCUUUGAAUGCUGUGAAUGUUGAUGAGCUAAGAAAUGUGAUAUCCGUUGAAGAGAGUCAGCUGUUGCAAAAUCCUCCUUCGUCUUCGUCUUCGUCUUCUUCCUCGUCCACUUUCCUCUUUCUUGGGAAUUAUAAUCUUAACGGAACAUCAAGUAGGAAAACUAUCGAUGAUAUGUGGAAGGAAAUUGCCAACGAAGAACAUGUAAACGUCUUCGAUAACCAAAUAGUUCGGCAACAACUUGGCGAAACUACACUUGAGGAUUUUCUAGUUCGCGCGGGCGUAAUCAACAAAGGAAAUCAAAAUGAAGUAUUUAGUCAUCAACCAAUUAUGGAGGUUGAUCCAAUGGUUGUGGGGUCACAGCAGACAGAUUUGUUACCAUUUCAGAUGGCUUCUGUGCAGCAGCAGCAGCAACAGAUGACAUUGUUGGAUUCAAAUUUUCACAUGUUUGAAGCUGUUUCUGACCAGAACCCUGUUGUGGAUGUUGGAUACUCGGAUAACCGACUGCCUAUGCCUAUGCCAGUGUCAGCAUUAAUGUCAGCAACAUCUUCAGAUUCUCGGGUGGCUGCUGAAAAGCAGUGUCGUUAUACAGAUGAGAUGAUGAAGAAGACUAUUGAGAGGAGGCAGAAUAGGAUGAUCAAGAAUCGAGAGUCGGCAGCAAGGUCACGAGCAAAGAAACAGGCUUAUACCAGCCAGUUGGAGCAUGCAGUGUUUCAUUCAAGAAAAACAAAUAACAGGCUCAAGAAGGAAAAGGAAUUGGAGAUCAUAUUCUUAUCGUCUGAUCAAGCUCCCAUGCCACGAUUCCAGCUACGGCGAACCAGCUCAGCUUCAUUCUAG